AUGCAGUUCCCAACCCUCGCCCUGCUCGCUAGCAUCAUGGCUGCCUCGGUCUCCGCCCAGGCGUGCAGCUACGAGCACGCCAACUACCUCUCGGUGUGCAACCAGGGCGACAACCUGUUCUGCUCCGGAAACAUCGACGCUUGCCCCAGCGGCAAGACAGACACCUUCGACGAGACUGCCACCAAGGCCAACGAGGACGCCUGUCUGUAA